UAGAUGUCUCUUCAAUUCACAGUUUCAACGUGGUUCUCUCGAGAAUCGGACAAACUUGGACUCUUUUGAACUUGUGCGAACUGCGAGUUUUUCGUCGCAAGAAGGGCAGAAUUUCCAUUUGUUGCCGAAAUUGUCAAGACUGGUUCAACACCCUGGCAGCCCGAGGAGAAUUUCAGGUGCUUGAUAUUAUGAAGAUGAAGGCGAAGCAGGUGAAGUCGUGGCACAACCCCCGCCUCAGGCUUGGAAUGGAGGGAAUCGUGAACGGCGUGGUUGGUGCCAGCCCCAUGAUGGUGAACGGCAGCGAAAACGCGACCCUGAACGGCGGGGGCGGCAGCCAGGGCGGCUCGUCGGGCCGCUCGACGCCCAGUGGGGGCAGCUCAAGCGAGCCGGCCCCCGGCAAGUUGUUCGUCGGCGGACUCAGCUGGCAAACGUCAGCUGAGAAGCUGCGCGAGUAUUUCGGCCAGUUCGGCAAAGUGACCGACGUUCUGGUCAUGAAGGACCCCGUCACCCAGAGGAGCCGCGGCUUUGGCUUCAUCACAUUCAGUGAGCCUUCGACAGUGCAGAAGGUUCUGAAGGAACCGGAACACACUCUGGACGGCAAGAAAAUUGACCCCAAACACGCAACCCCCAAGAGCAAGGGCGGCCGCCCCAACAAGACAAAGAAAAUCUUUGUCGGCGGGGUGAGCCAGGAGACGUCAGCCGACGAGGUCAAAGCCUAUUUCAGUCAGUUCGGACGUGUCGAGGAGGCUGUCAUGCUGAUGGACCAGCAGACCAAGAGACACCGCGGCUUCGGCUUCGUCACUUUCGAGUGCGAAGACGUGGUGGACCGUGUGUGCGACAUUCACUUCCACACAAUCAAGAACAAGAAAGUGGAAUGCAAGAAGGCUCAGCCCAAAGAGGCUGCAGCGGCCGCUGCUGCUGCUGCCGCGGUUGCCGCGGCACCUCUGGUGCUCCCAUCGGCUGGUGGAAUGCAAGUGGGCGGCUAUCAGGCCCCAGUGGCCGCUGCCCUCAAGCGUGCACAAGUGCUGACAGCCACUCAGUUCCAACAACAUCAGGCAGCACAGGUUCAGGCGGCCAUGGCUGCUGCUGCUUACAACAAGUUCCUGAACCCGGCAUACCAUCUUGGCUACCACCACCGAUAUGCCCCGUACCCCCUGCCAGUGGCCUCGAUCGCUGCAGCGGCCGCAGCCCAGCAGUCUCCGAAUCAACCGCAGGCUGCACUGGCUCAGGCUCCGACGGCCAUGCCCCAAGCGCCCAACCAGGCGGCUGCGGCCGCGGGCAACCCUUAUCAGGGCUACUCGCUGACCAACGUGGACAUGUCAAGCUUCCAGGGCGUGGACUGGGGCUCGAUGUACGGCAUGGGCAUGUACGUGUAGACUGAAGCCUUGCUCACACUCCCACUCUGCAGUUCUGUCUGUGUAACAAAUUCAAUCUCAAAUCUCUCUCUCACCCCCGAGGCACCAAAAACUCAUUUGUUUCUCAUGUAACCGCGAGACUGAUCGGAAAGUGAGACAAAAAAAUCGCGCGCGAAGAGAUAUGUUAAUUUUGUACAACACCAAAGUGGAACUUCAGUAUAAUUUGUGCUCUUUGCAAGCAAGCAGGUAUUCAAGUGAAAAUAAUUUAAAGCAAUCUCAAUUUAUGCAAGCAUGGCUACUGAGACAGUUGCUUUUUCCCUCUUAAGUUAAUCCUGUUAUAUUUAUCUCAUGUUCGUUCCGAAAUUCUGACAUUGGAAUGUCUUUUGUUUUGAACAAAAAUUGUUUUUUGUUACUAUUCAUCUCUUUCCCUCCCUUUAGUCUCAAAGUAUGCUUUGCAAGCUUGUUGAUGUAAUAAAUAUUUUGCUGAGUUGUGGAUUUGUUUAUGAAAAUUUUUGCGCCAGACCUGGACAAAAUACUCAAAACAUAUGUCGUAAGAAGCUAAAUUGCUCAAAAUCCACAUGUUGUGACUUGGCAAAAUAUUAACCGAAUACUCACUUUUGACUCGCUUACAAAAUAUUGAAAAAUAUAAAAUUGAAGGCAGCUUGUAAAUUAAUGAAUAACUAGUGAAUUAAGUGAAAAGUGCUGAUCAGGGGAGGCCAUUGACGGACAUUGACCACACUUUUGCUCACCAACCGGCAUUUCCUCAUGUGUUUAGGCUACCAAGUUAGCCAGCUUUUGUAAAUAGACCUCGAUUCCAAAGCGCUGGGGCAGCUCUUUUGGCUAGCCCUGUUGUAAAUACUGGAUUUUACGAAUAGCCAGCCGGCCUCCCUUGGAUAAGAACUUGCCGAGAGAUAGCGAGAGCAAAUAAAAGGUGUCUCGGGUGGGCAGCUAACGAAAGAAGAAAAUUAAGAGGCGAUUGAGAAUCGCCGCCGAGGACCACGAAACAAACUCACUUGUCACUCAGAGGGCCAAAUUAGCUAGCAAUAACCUAGGCUAGGUCCUAGCGCGAUCUCUUCAA